AUGGGAGCGCCGGCAACGAAGUCUACAGUGUCGCAGGCUGAAAAGACGAUGAAUAAGGCCGCCCGUCAUUAUGCCAACCAAUUUGCCUUCAAGGUGCGGACUCAGUAUCUGCUCCCAUCACGUGACAAGCGAGCAAACGUUGUCGACACUGACGCUGACUUGUCUCUCAUUGGACCGCUGUCAAAAUACCAUCAGGCUCUUAUCGUCCAACUCUACAUAAACAUGGAUUUGGUAUAUUUGCGGCUAUUUACGGGCAAUAGGUUUCACAAGUCUGUCGUACAGGAAAUGAGUCUCUCGUAUUAUUCUGUUAGGUCUUUUUGA